CGCUAAAGGAAAUCGAGGAGCUUAAAUUGUCUGUGGCGAAGUUAAAAUUGCCAAAAGAACAUUCUCCAAGAAUAUAGUUGCACCAAAAUGUCAAAGAUAAAGCGUUUUUUCUCAAAAAAGAAGGAGGAGGCUGCAUUCAAAUUAAAGUUAGGUGGCACCAUGGGUGAGGGACGCAAGUUGAAUGCACCGAAGCAGGAACAGCCGACUACUUCGCGCAGCAAGCACGAGGCAUAUGUGCCGCCCAAGCGAAACUCACUGAGCCAAGAGGCGCGCGCUGCUGCCAAUGCUGCCUUAACUCGCAUCGAAAAAAAGGACUCACGUGAUUUCAAUACCUCGCUGGCGGCAAUUAAAGCACAGGCCAAACGAGAAUUAGAAGCAGAACGUCGGCAGAAGGAGGAAUUGGCUAGCUCUAGCUCGAUUGCCACCUCAGCAUUCAGCAACGCCUCUGCAGGUGACAAUAAAAAUCUAGCAUGUCAGGGUGUUUUCUUCCGUUGCCCUCUGAUUAGUGAUGAAGUUUUGCCAAAGAAGGCGUGGAAGGCUAAGAUCAAGGACUUCCUCUAUCAGCAGCUGGAAGAAGACCGCGGCUUGACUGCCUGUUUGAUAAUACAAAACUGUAACGUCAAGGAAAAGGCUGAUGAAUGCAUUGCCACACUCAUUAAGUACCUCGAGAACAUCAUUAAAAAUCCUGAUGAAGAAAAGUUCUGCAAAAUACGCAUGUCUAACAGAAUAUUCAGCGAAAAGGUACGUUAUGUUGAAGGCGCUUUAGAUGUGCUCUAUGCAGCCGGCUUCAGCGAGGUGCAAAUCGACAAUGAACCGUUCCUGUUGUGGACACGUGAUCAAAUGGAAGCGGGACUUGAUUUGAAUACGCUAGUGGAUGCAUUGAAGAACUCUGAGCUCAUACAUUUAGAGUUGGAUCGAAACAUUAAAGUGCUGCUGCCAUCUCAGGCACGUCGCGUGGUGUUGCCCGACGAUUUUUAUCGCAUCUCACCGGAAGAAAUUAAAAGAGAGCAACAGCUCCGAGCUGAAGCUAUUGAAAGUUCGCAAAUGUUGAAAACAAAAGCAAUGCGAGAGCGCGAGGAGCAGCGUAACUUGCGCAUGUACCGAUAUUCCCUGGUCCGCGUCAAGUUUCCUAAUGGCCUGUUUAUACAGGGUACUUUCAAUGUGUACGAAAAGAUCUCUGAUAUAUUUGAAUUUGUACAAUCUUGCCUGGCUGAUGAGUCGAUAGACUUCAACCUGGUGGCUAGCAGUGAAGGAAAAUUUUGCGAAGAAGACAUGGAAAAGACUUUAUACGAAUGCAGACUCAUUCCAAAUGUUUUACUUCUAUUUACCAUACCUGGGGUACCGGCUCAAGUUUCGGCGGACCUUAAUUAUCUGAAGGAGGACCUCCUCAUGCUAGUGCAGUCAAUGUAGGCGUCGUUAAUUUACUUGCAAAGGAGUGUCCA